GUCAGCGUCAUGGCGCCUGUCAUCUGACUCAACUUUUGUCGUGCCUAACUUUUUGAAGUAAUAUGUCUUGCAAACAACUGACAGCUGGUGUCUGGGCACUAUGUCUUAGAAGUUUUAAAACCGCAUCGGACAUCAGAUGAAAACAAAACCAACGCUCGUCAAGAUGUAUGUUAAAUGUUUAUCCGUGCUAACGGUAACUAAGCUAGCCACUCUCAACAAGUUAGCUAGCUAAAGUUUGUUUUGGUGUCGCAACGGACAGCAAACGGACUAUAACUCAUCAAAGUACCUGCUUCUGGCUUUGGAUGGUUAACGCUAGUCUUUCAUAUCAAAAUGUGUCGUAUUCUGCGCUACUGUGUCAGCCACUGCCUUCAUGCAGCGAUGACCCGGCUGGAGGAGGUCAACGGAGAUGUGAGCAUGUGGUCGUCUGUCCGGUGGCUGGGCUACCUGUCCGGUCUCAACCUGCUGGUCGCCCUCUGUUUGGGCCUAUAUGCCCGGUGGGAGAGCACAGCGGAAUCUACUCUUCUUGUCAUUUUCGUUUUGGCUUUGAUCGUCCUCGGAAUAUCCUGUAUUGUGUACUACUACUUCAGCAUGGAGAGGAUCAGCCUCAGUCUCCUCCACCUGUGGUUCGGCUUUUUGCUGGGCCUGCAGUGUUUCCUCAACAGUCCCGACCUGGAGAGCGACUUGAAGGAGCAGGUGGCCAACUACCUGCUGCUGGCAAGUGUGGCUCUGAGGACGCUGUGGGCGCUGCUGGAGAGACUGUUUGGAUGUACCAGGUACCGUCCUGCCUUCCUCACCUCGGCAGAGCGGCAGGAGCUGGCGGGCUUUGCCGCCGCCAGCACGGCUCUGCUCAUGCACAAGUCCUGGAGCGUGAUGGUGUUGGUGGUGGCGCUGGCCACGGUCAUGGUUGCCCUCCGUAUGAAGGCUCUCCUGGCUCUUCCCAAUUUGGCCUGCUUCGCUGUUAUCACCGGCGUGCUGUUCUUCAAGUCCCUGAACAUCACCAUCAACCCCUUUGCGCUCGCCUGCUUUUUCAGCCAGCUCAUCUGCGACCCCCUGCUGGAUGUCUACUUCAGUGGUCUCUCUGUGACCGAGCGUUGGCAGCCUUUCCUGGUGUGGCGGGGCCUGUGGCGCCGGCUGUCUCUCCUGCCUCUGAUGAUGGUGGAAGUGACCUUCAUCGUUCUGGCCGCUCGGAAGCUGACAGGUCUGGACCAGUGGUACCUCAUGAUCCCAGGCAUCGUGGUCUGUGCGUUCUUCUGGGCCAUCUGCCACAUGGUGUUUGUCAUCACAGUGUGGGGCUUUCACACGAAGCUCAGUGACUGCCAGAGAGUGUGCUUGUCCCAGGGGUCAGGUGUCAGCGGCCUGGACAAGGUUAUGGCCUCGAAGGGCAUGAGACAUUUCUGCCUCAUCUCUGAACGCCUGGUGCUCUUCACGCUUCUGUCAACGGUUGCUGUUGCUGCUCUGUGUUGGCAGGCCUCCAGCAGUAUCUUUGUGAGUAUGUUCCUGUUAGUCCUGCCUCUGGAGUCUCUGUUCCACGGUCUUUUCCACGAGCUCGGGAGCAGCCUGGGAGGAACCUGCGUGGGUUAUGCAGUGGUCAUCCCCACCAACUACUGCAGUCCUGACGGUCAGCCCACGCUGCUGCCUCCAGGCCAGGUGCAGGAGCUGAACCGGCGCUCUACAGGCAUGUUGAACAAUGUGCAGCGCUUUUUCGCCCACCACCUGAUUGAGGCUUUUGGCUGCGACUAUUCCACCAGUGGGGUGACCCUGGAGGCGUUGCAGGCCAAGAUCAAAUCUUUCUUGGAGCUUCGCACAGCAGACGGGCCUCGCCACGACACCUACGUGAUCUUCUACAGCGGGCAUAGUCACCACUCUGGAGAGUGGGCACUGGCAGGAGGUGACACUCUUCGUCUGGAGCAGAUCUUGGAGUGGUGGAGGGAGAAGAACGGCAGCUUCUGUUCGCGCCUCAUCUUGGUGCUCGACUGUGACAACUCCUUGCCGUGGGUGAAGGAGAUCAGGAAGGUGGAGGGUCUGUAUGCGGCCGUGCAGGGAGCAAUGCUCGCUCGUGUGAGGGACGUGGAGCAGGACCCCCCUCAGCUUGGAGAUUUCACCUCUCAGUGGGUGGAGUAUAACUGCAACUUAAACAGCAACAUCCAGUGGUCUGAGAGGGGCAGGCUGAUUUCUGCCGACUACGGCAUCUCCAAACACUGGAGCGACUACACUCUGCACCUGCCGACAGGAAGCGAUGUCACCAGCCACUGGAGCGUGUACUUUCCUCGGAUGACGUACCCGGUGGUUCAGUUGGCGCUGUGGUGCGGUGGUCUGAACGUGCUGUGGCUCUGCAGCGUCUGCGUGCGAUGUCUCAAGAGAGUCAAACUCAACUGGUUUCCACCAGCGAUCCUGGACACUGGGCAAGGCUUCAAACUGGUCAGAUCAUAGAAAUAGAACAGAGGCCAUUUUCAUUUUCAGAAUACGUUUCAGGCAAAAUAUUUUCUGAAAGUCAACAAGUUUCUUUUGACCCUGAAAAUAGGCAGCUAUUGGAUUCUAAAGUUGCGGCUAACCAGUAUCCUGUCAGUUACUGAAAAAGAAUCACACAGUUACCGGUUUAUUUUGAUCUUUGUCUUUUAUAGUACCAGAUUUUAUAUUCUUUAGCUUUGGUUGAGAGAUCUAAACAUCCUUGUCAUACAGGUAUUUCAUUAUGUGGGAUGAGACUGAGCACAUUGACACUAUUUUUGCACAUUUUUGCAUUGCAUUUACUGUUCGAUCUGAUUCCACCGUGACUUAGAACAUUCAUGUUGUGCCUUUUUAUCAUAAAAUCACCAAAUAACAUCCAGCUUGCUAGGCUGAUGUUUUUUUUUUAAACUUUAAACCAAAGUGGCCAUGGUACAUCUUCAGAAGAAGAUCUCAGGCAUAAAUAAUAUUCUGAGCAGUUUUUUGGGGAGCACAAAAUGUUCUAUUAUUUUCGUCUUUUGAUUGUGAAAUCAUUCCUUUUACACCCCUCCGUACUACACAAUACAAUUUACGCUCAAAGCGCUGAGUAUAUUCAAUGCACUGCUUUGUCUGUUGUAACAGCAUUUUGUAAUGCUUUUAGGGGUGAUUUUUAAAUACACUCCAGCUGCUUCAGGGAGUCCAGAAAGAGUUUUGUACUGAUGAAUGCACUAUAAGAGAUGUGUGAGAACUACAGUAUUUAUAUCAUAAGAAACCCCAGGAAUUAAAUGCAUCACAUAAGAUGGAUUUUCCUCCUGGGAUUCAUUGCAGUUUACUGGGCUAUGCAAGUUUAUUCUAAUCAGUUUUGAUGUGCCUGCAGAGGGAUUUGUUGUAAGAAAAUCUGGUGAGGGAUGGAUGAAACUAUGCAAUAAAGGAGAAGUAGGACUUCACUCCUGAAA